GCUUCCCUCUGGAUUAAAAAAUUGUCAUGAUGAUGAUACAAUUUAAAAUAAUAUUUCAUCAUCACACAAAGAAUCCACUACAAAAUUAUUAUAAAGAGAAUAAUAAUAAGGAUAUAAAAGGACAUAAUAAAAGUGUUGUAAUCACUCCAAAACAAAAUAUUUUACUUAUGAAUAAUGAUACAAUAUCACCAUCAAAAUCACUACGUCACUGACAACAGCAUCUCCCCUCCUUACCCCUUCAUCUACGUCAUCGUCGUCAUCAUCAACAUCAUUAUUGUCAUCAACGUCAUUAUCCUACUAUCAUCAACAACAUUCUCCAUCCACAAAAUCCUUUAUACCUACUGCAAUUACCACAACGAUUACAUCAACAAUCCAAGAAGUGCAAUCAACAACCGAAGCAGCAGCAACCAGCGGAACAAGUGCAGCAGCGACAGAAGCGUCAGCAACAGCGGCAAUCAUUACGACGUCAGCAACAAAUAGUACAGCGACAGCAGAUAUAUCAACAGCAGCGACAGCGAUUAUAUGCCAGACACAACAACAAUUGGAUGACGUGACAACGGCAAUGUUCCGUGGUGGGGAUGGUACUAUGAUUAUAUUAACUGAUACUGGCACAAACACUGACAUUGUAUUCACACUGGAAUCACUGACCCAAGCAGCGAUUAUAUUUGUUAUGGCAUUAGCAAUUAUUAUAUCAAAUGUUAUUAUUAUUGCUACAUUCCUUAAUUUUAGAGGUCCACAUGAAGUAAUCAACCAUUAUCUAUUAUCAUUGGCUGUUGCUGAUCUAUUAUGCGGACUGUUCGUUGUGCCAUUAUCCGUGUAUCCAGCAGUUGUACAACAAUGGGUGUAUGGCGAUGUUAUAUGUCGUAUUGUUGGCUAUUUAGAAGUAACAUUAUGGGCAGUUAGUGUUUAUACAUUCAUGUGGAUCAGUGUUGAUCGUUAUUUAGCGAUACGUAAACCAUUACGAUAUGAAACAGUCCAAACGAAAACCCGUUGCCAAUGUUGGAUGGCAUUCACAUGGAUCUCAGCGGCAAUGUUAUGCUGUCCACCAUUAUUAGGUUUUGAUAAAGCCUUAUUUGAUACGGAAGCAUAUAUAUGUAUGUUAGAUUGGGGUAACAUGGCCGCAUAUUCGGCAACACUUGCUAUAUUAGUAUUAGGACCUAGUCUAAUUACAAUUAUUUACACAUAUUCGUAUAUAUUUUCAAUGAUGCGAAAAUUACGUAGCGGCGAGCCCAUACACGAUAAAGAGUAUGCAACAGCGCUAGCUGAAAAUUUAAGUAAUCCUAGUCAUAUUAUGUCGUUUGUAUUAGUGUUGGUAUUUUGGAUAUCGUGGACACCGUACGCAAGUAUUCGAUUGUACGAAUUCUUUUCCGGUGUUAAAUUUCAAGUUCCAUUCUUACAUUUUACAAUCGUUUGGAUGGGUAUGUUAAAUUCAUUUUGGAAAUCAUUAAUUUUAUUAUCGUUAAGUCCACAAUUUCGUUUAGCUGUACGAAUAUUUUGUAUGACAUUGUGUUGUCGAUAUAAAGGACGAUUACAAGCGGAACUAAUCGGUAUGGAAGCUGAUGAUUAAUUUUUAUACGAGAAUUACACAUCAAAUUAUUAUAAGCUGGCAGUUUCGAAAACGUUAUUUCGACGAUUAACUAUCAAACUUCGAAUACAUUCAUCAAUUUUCUUGACCCGAUUGAGCUUUGCCCUAUUAAACCACGAGUCAAGCGUGCCAAAUUUUAAUUGUAAGCUGGACUUCUGGUAUUAAUGGGAGAAGAUGAAAUACCUAAAAAUUAAAUUUACAUGUUUUUAAACUGUAAGCUCUCACAUCGAGGUCAAAGCUCACUCGCGGAAGAAAAUUAAAUUGUAUGUAUUCGUUAUUAUAGGUUAACAAGCGAUUUUUGUCAAACUGUUUGAUGUUAAGCGCAGUUAUGACGUUUCAGGAACUCCAAAUA